UGCAGUCGUCCCACGAACGUUGGCGCUUUUGGUCGAACAAAAAAAUUGGCUCGCGCGGAAAAUGAUUGCCCCGCCCCUUGGUGCCCUGGGAAAAGUGCUGGUGGCAUAUUGAAGCAAGUGUAGGAAUAACCAACACUCAAAUUCACACAAAACAGUCUAGGCAACUCCGGAAAGAUCUGUCAGCAGUAAAUACAAAGUGAAAAGGUGGACAAGUGAUCAGUGUAGUGACAACUGUGACAAUAACAGAUCUGCAAAAUGCUAAAGUUAUUCAAAAAGUCGAAAGACAAAAUACCCAAGUCGGAGAUCAUAACCGAACCCAAUGAGCCCAGGACCCCACCGGUCUCCAAAUGCGGCAAGCCGCUGCAGCUGGACAACUGUCGGCGGGAGCGCCGCCUGCACAAAGAGCUGAUGUCCUUGAUCAAGGAGCCGCCACCGGGCGUAACCGUCGACACCGAGAGCGUACAGCAAAAUUUAUCCGAAUGGAAAAUAAACAUUAAGGGUUUCGAGGGCACUCUUUACGAGGGCGAGGACUUCCAGCUGCUGUUUAAAUUCAACAAUAAAUAUCCCUUCGACUCGCCAGAGGUAACCUUCAUCGGCACCAAUAUACCUGUGCAUCCACAUGUCUACAGCAAUGGACACAUCUGCCUCUCCAUUCUGACCGAGGACUGGUCGCCGGCGCUGUCCGUGCAGUCCGUGUGCCUUAGCAUAGCCUCCAUGUUGAGCAGUUGCCGCGAGAAGAAGCGUCCUCCGGACAACACUCUCUACGUAAAGACCUGCAAUAAGAAUCCCAAAAAGACUAAGUGGUGGUAUCACGACGAUUCUGUUUAGUUAGGAACUGCAAUUUAUGAUUACUGCCCCCGCUGAUGUUUGCUUUUCGCAUCCGAAACCAACAACAACAACAACAAGCAGAACAGCAACUUCAACAACACCUGAUUGCCAUUCAAAAAUAGAAGCAGACCCCACACUGAGCCAGAGCAGCCCCAAGUGCAUUCGGAUGCGAACAAAGCGAAUCGAGUCAGCGAGAAGACGACCAGUAGUGUUUGGCAAACAAUCACAGCGCAUGCAGCAGCCGCGCUUCUAAUUCUAGCUAUUGUAUAAUCAUCACAAGGCGUGUGCGAAACAAACAACUAUUAUUAAAUGUUAACAUUUUAAUUAGAUUGUUAAGAGACCGAAAUUUAAUGUCUAAAUUAAAUGUUAUGCUACCAUCUAAUGACUACCCAGGCGCAUGUAAAGCAACCAAACGUCUGAUACAGAUCUGCUGCUGCUUCCACAUUCCACGUCUUGGGCAUCGUCCGAGAUGAAGCAUGAUCCAGGCUUCAACUUAUCAGCUUAUGUUAACUUUGUAUAUGUUUGCCCUUAAAAUCCAAGCAAAACUCAUGAAACCAUAAGUUAAGUCGAGACAUUUCAAAUGUAUUAGCCGCCACAUCCCGGUCCCCCAAUCAUCUGUAAUCUUCCCACCAUCAACCCAUUCGUAGGUCCUUAAGUUAAUCCCCCACUUCGUGUACUUGGCUAGGAUAGAGUCCAGCUGUGGCCAAAACCGAUCGCAGAACAUAUUUACCUCUUAACUGUGCAAGUAGAACGUAGAACUUAGACGGGCCACUCGUCGCAAUAUCGAUAUAAUUUAACUGUAAUCUGUAAUCUGUAUAAAGAGUCCGAUCUAGCAUACGCCCUAUGCUUACAAAUAUUUACUGUUAAAAAGUAAUUACAAAUAAAAACCAGUCUGUAAUCAAA